AUGUCGCACGGCAAGCACUUCACGCUGUACACCAAUACCAUAGCCCCGAAUGGCUGGAAGGUAGUCUUCGUGCUCGAAGAGCUCGGGCUCACGUACGAGUCCGUUUACCUCAACUUCGACGAAAACGAGCAUAAAUCACCGGAAUUCACCAAGCUCAACCCGAAUGGCCGCAUCCCUGCCCUCUUCGACCACAAGAACGGCGACUUCGUCAUCUGGGAGUCGGAUGCCAUCAUCCUCUACCUCGCGGACAAGUACGACACCGAGAGACGGGUGUCUGUCAGCGAUGAGAAGGAGAGAUACUCUCUCAUCGAGUGGCUCUUCUUCCAGGCAUCAGGACAGGGCCCGUACUUCGGUCAGGCUGUGUGGUUCCUCCGCAGCCACCCUGAACAGGUCCCGAGCGCCAUCGAGCGGUACCGCAAGGAGGUGCUCCGUGUUUUCUCCGUCCUCGACUCGGUGCUGUCCAAGCAAGAAUGGCUCGUGGGGGACAAGCCGACCGUCGCCGACAUCUCCUUCAUCCCGUACAACCACGGCGCAUUCCACUUGAUAAUCAAGGAUUACGCCGGCGUCGAUGUUCAGAAGGACUAUCCGGCGUUUUUCGCGUGGCAUCAGAAGCUGAUAUCUCGCGAUAGCGUGAAGAAGGCCUUCGCUAUACAGGAGUCCCUGAACAAACAUUGA